AUGACGUGGCAUCGGGUUUCGUACAUUCUAUACGAUACAGUGUUCGAACGCGCCAAUACAAUACCCACAGGGCGUGCAGACCAGGGACUUGUGAGGUACCUAAGACUAGGAGCUAAGCAUUGUCACAAGGCACACUCACACACUCACGGCAGUGUCUAUCAACGCAGCUCCAUGACUGUCAUGGUUGGCUCGUCAGUGGCUAGUUGCCCAUCUCAAGCCUCAAUAAACGCAGCGCCCUAG